UGUAAUCCUUAUCUCUGCAGCUGUUGCGUACGACGUUCGUUCUACAAUACGCGCCGUGCGUCCGGUAAAAUCGCGGAUUCGACUGCGGCGGCAUCUUAAUCAUUUUUGUUUUUUUUUUUUUUUUUUUUCCCCUCCGUCCCGUGUUCUUUUUUUCCCAUCACCGUAAUUUACCAUUAAUUUCCGAUGAUUCAUCGACGCCGCACGAGACACGUUUUGCUUGUUUUUCUACGUCCCGCGACCGCGUCGGUUAUCUCGUGCGCACCGUUCGGCUUCGCGACUAUGCGUGACGUGCGCGCACACAACUGAGUAAUUCACGGUCGUGGGCGGCGACCGCAGUUUCGCAGGUUCGCGCCGAACAAAGGCGAACGCAUUGUUCCCGUUGCCGUCCGUUUUUGGGUGGAUAACGAUAUCUCGUCCAUUGUGUCCGCGUCAACAGCGGCAGCGACGGACCACGUGGAAUUCCGUUCGGGACCGAUCGAAUCGGAAUCGUUUUCUCUCAUGUCACGGCCGACCAAAGAGCCUGUACUCCGAUUCAGUCCGUUGCGGAAUAAACGCGGUUUCAAAUCUUUGCCGCCCGUUAAACGUGUUGGAGGAUCCAGUUGCCCCUGAACAAAUUAGUAAUACUAUUGCUCUGCCCUGACACAAAUCAAUAUAUGUGACGCCACUCGCAUAUGCACCGUAUACAGUGUUUGUAGCGAACCCGUGUUCAACAAUUGCUCAACCAUGAGUUCCCAGUACUCUACGCCAAUUGGCUUGAUCUUUGUUUUCAACCUGAUCAUUGGACCUGGUGCUCUAACAUUGCCUGCGGUUGUUCAACAGUCUGGAUGGUUUCUGAGCAGUAUAUUUAUUGCUACCAUGGCUUUUCUGAGUUAUGUAACAUUCACAUUCGUAAUAGAAGCAAUAACGAUUACAAAUUCUAUUAUUCAGCUCCGUAAGUUAGAAAGGAUGAAAAGUGUUACCAGAGCAUUGAAAUCGUGUAAUGACAUGAUGCCACAAGUAUCUUCGAUAAACUAUGAUAGAAUUUCAGAUGCUAGUACUGACAGUUUUAAUAGUGGUGACGAAGCACCUAUUUUUGACAAUCCGGCAUUGCCUACAUCUAGUUCCUUAAUGGAUUUUCCUCCUGAAUCGGUUAAACUACUCUCACUGGAUAACAGGAUUGAAAUGGGUGAAAUGGUAAAUGUUUUAUUGCCUCCAUUAGCAAGAAUAAUGUUUUUUUUUUCCAUCAGCGGUUAUUUGUUUGGUGAUUUAUCUAUUUACUAUAAAGCUAUUGGACAAUCACUUGUAGACUUUACUUGUAAUCAAAAUGUUACUACUGCGAAUAAUUGGGAUUUGUGCUGGGAAAAUACUUCAUUUACCAGACAUGAAAUUUAUUUAGGCUAUUUAAUGCUGUAUAUCAUAAUAAUAGCACCAUUUACAUUUUUCAAUGCUCAAAAGACUAAAUAUUUACAAAUUGUGGGUUUUUCAAUGCGUGUAAUUGCUAUUAUUACAAUGGUGAUUUUAGCUACCAUGCGACUCAUUUCACCAACCCAAGAACAUGGAAACACACCAGCAGUUAACUUUAAUGCUGUACCACAGUUAAUAGGUGCUUCUAUUUAUGCAUUUAUGUGUCACCAUUCAAUUCCAUCAGUGAUUUCACCAAUAAAAAAGAAAACAAAAAUAUUGCUGAAGGUGGCAGCUAACUUUCUAUUUGUAUAUAUACUAUAUAUGUUUUUGUGUAUGACCGGUGUAUUUGCUUUCCCAAAAGUUGAUGAAUUGUACACAAUCAACUUCACACCAUCACAAGACACUGGCUUAUUUUACAGAUUGAUUGAUUCAAUAUUGGUUCUUUUUCCUGUACUUACAAUCAGUAUUAGCUUUCCAGUUAUUACAAUUACAUUACGGAAUAAUAUUCAAGUGAUGUUUCUAUCAAAUGACUCGCAUUGGAUAUGGAGACGAAUAGUUAUACCAUUGUUUUCAUUGAUUACACCUGUACUUCUAGCUGCAUUUGUAUCGGGCCUUGAAGAUUUAGUGUCAUUUGUUGCUGUUUUUGCGGGUACAGGCAUUCAGUAUGUAACACCCGCACUGUUGAUCAUAGCCGCCCGUGCCGAGAUUCCACAACAAGUGGCUGCGAUAAAAAAUGACCAUUGCUCGCCGUUUAAAUCCAAAUAUUGGGCGCCCGGUAUACUGAUAUGGUCCGUCAUAUGUGUGGGGAUCUUGACCAAUUACCUAAUAAGUAAAGCAUUCCAGUAAUGUUUGAGCACAAAUAAUCCGUGGAUUUUUAGCCUGUUGAUGUAUUUUACAUAAGUAUUUGAUAUUAUAUUAUCCAUUUGUUGAUUAAAAGACUCCAAAUCUGUUAUGCAUGUACAUUUUAACAUGCUAUAACCAUAUAUUUUAAUAAGCAUAUUAUAAUGGGUUCCGUUUGUC